GGGCAUCAGUUUCCUCUGCAGUGUCCUGAGCUCAGCAAGGAGAUGAAGCCAAGGCAGGAGGAGAUGCUGAAGAACCAGGAAUGGCAUCUAGAAAGAAGGGAACAGAAGCAGUCUGGGGGGGAAGGUUCACCCUCAGGGGAAAACAGUUUCCUGGAAGGAGGUGAAAUAUUAGGACGAGGGGACACGCUAAGCCAAGAAACUGCUGAGGCCACAAUACAGCUGCAAAAUGGUUUCAAAAGAGAAGGUCCUCCUGAGGAUGAGGCUCUGAAAGAACAUGGCCGGAGGCCCUCCCCAGAUUACUCAGGCCCAGACAAUGAUGGAAGUCCGAGUUCCCCAGGAGAAGAGAUGGUCAUAUUAAAAAGAACAGUGAAGGAGGAGGAGAUGUUGCCAGCUGGAGAAAGGAGGCGUGAGGAUGCCCUGAUGGGGGAACUCUCCGAGAUGGUGCAGAAGGUGGUGAAGAAAAGCAGCUGGUGGGAGAAGCAUGGCAUUGAUGACGCAAUUAUUACUCUGAACUUUCUCAUCCUCCCAGGAGGGUUCUUGCUUCUGCGUUCAGACAGUAUUUUUUCUUUCCUGUUGGGCAUUGUAGUCCUGGGAAUGGCACAUUACACAAUAACCGUGAAGGGGAGCCACCUGGCCAGCCACAGUUCUUUGGUGGAGUCCAAGUCGUGGGGGAAAGUAUUGGCCGUAUUCUUCUUAGAGGUUUGUUCGUCAUUCACGGCAGAACAGGGGUCCUACAACCAUGUGAAGCUGCACCAUGGCUACACAAAUGUCAUUGGUCUCGGGGAUUCUAGUACAUGGAAGCUUCCUUUCCUGAACCGUUAUGUCUACAUGUUCAUCGCACCCAUAGCAAUACCUGUUCUCACCCCUUUAGCGGCCAUUGGCUUACUUAAAGAAGUUGGAUUGAAAACAGCCAUCCGGACCCUCUGCUGUAUCUUUCUUGGCCUGUACUCCCAUUACUGGCUCCUGCUCAAUGUCUCGGAGUUCCAGUCGAUGUGGUCUGCAAUCGGCUGUAUGCUGCUCACUCGAUCUUUCCUUGCCCAUCCUUACAUCCAUGUUAACAUCUUCCAGCACAUUGGCCUCCCGAUGUUCGCUCCUCAUAAGAAGCCAAAACGGAUUCACAUGAUGUCAUGUGGCGUUCUGAACUUGCCUCGAAAUUUCCUGUUGGACUGGUCCUUUGGCCACUCGCUCAUCAGCUGCCACGUGGAGCAUCACCUCUUCCCAACACUUUCUGAUAACAUGUGCCUGAAGAUCAAGCCAGUUGUUUCUCAAUAUUUAAAAGAAAAUAAAUUGCCAUAUAAUGAAGAUUCAUAUCUAUCCCGCUUGAAGCUGUUCCUGGACAAAUAUGAAGAACUGAUGGUCCAUGCACCGCCUAUUACCGAACUUGUUGGAAUUCAGUGAUGGCACCUUU